GCAGCGCUCCAACAAGAACCGCUCACGGGCUUUGUUUAGUGGAUGUGAAUGAGCUCCGGCAGCUCCUCCAGAAAUGUGGACAGAUAUAAGGACAUUGCUACUUUUGCAUUCGUUACUCCUGAGGGUCCAUUUCUCGGCAGCAACGGAUGAGUGUGAGGAUGGACAGUUUCAGUGCAACAACAAAAGGUGUAUACCGACCAUCUGGAGAUGCGACGAUGAUGAUGACUGUUCGGAUAACAGUGAUGAAGAAAACUGCCCCAGGAAAACAUGCGCCCCAGCGGAGUUCGCCUGCUUCAAUGGCCAGUGUGUCCCGGGACGCUGGCGCUGUGACGGUGAAGCAGAAUGUCCUGAUGGCUCUGAUGAGGCAGAGGAGACCUGCAGCAAACAGACGUGCCCUCCAGAGAAGUUUGACUGUGGGGGAUCCACCAACAAGUGUGUCUCGUUGUCAUGGAGAUGUGACGGAGAGAAGGACUGCGAGAACGGGGCGGACGAAGAAGACUGCGCUUCCGACGCCAAAGCCUGCCCCAGUGGUGAGUUCAUGUGUGGCAACCGUAAAUGUUUGGCCGCCGUGUACGUCUGUGACGGAGAUGACGACUGUGGAGACGGCAGCGAUGAACUCAAGUGUACCUCCCCUCUGACCUGUGGACCCAACCAUCUCCGGUGUAACACCUCUGAGUGCGUCCCUCUAAUGUGGAGCUGCGACGGAGACCCCGACUGCUCUGACAGUUCUGACGAGGGGCCCGAGCGAUGCGGCGGCGAUGGCGUCCCGUACCUGACAAACCGCCGGGCCAACUGCACGGCUGGAGAGUUCCGCUGCGCCAACGGGGAGUGUAUACGGCUGACGUGGAAGUGUGAUGGAGACCCCGACUGCAAGGACAAAUCAGAUGAAGCUGACUGCCCUUUGUUGACAUGCCGUCCAGAUGAGUUCCAGUGUGGUGAUGGUUCCUGCAUCCAUGGCACCAAGCAGUGUAACAAGGUCCAUGACUGUUUGGACCAAAGCGAUGAGUCCGGCUGUGUCAACGCAACCAAAUGUGAAGGACCCUUGAAAUUUCAGUGCAAGAAUGGAGAGUGUAUUGAUAGCUCCAAGGUGUGCGACUCUGUCAAGGACUGCAAGGACCGAUCAGAUGAGCCCAAGAAAGAGUGUGGUUUAAAUGAGUGUAUGAUCAACAACGGCGGCUGCUCCCAUGUGUGCAUGGAUCGACCAAUCGGCUUCGAGUGCCAGUGCCCCACCGGCUACCAGCUACUGGACAAAAAGACCUGUGGAGACAUUGACGAGUGUGAGAACCCAGAUGCAUGCAGCCAGAUCUGCAUCAACUACAAGGGGGAUUUUAAGUGUGAAUGCUACGAGGGCUAUGAGAUGGACCCCGUUACGAAGACCUGCAAGGCAGAGGGGAAAAGUCCUUACCUACUGUUUACCAACCGUCAUGAGAUCAGACGCAUCGACCUGGUGAAAAGGGACUACAGUCAGGUGGUUUCCACUCAGAAGAAUGCUGUAGCUCUGGAUCUGGAUGUGGCCAAUAACCGGGUCUUCUGGUGUGAUCGCUUUCACAGGAAAAUCUACAGUGCCUUCAUCCACGAGGCCGGUGACCCCUCCCAGCAGGUGCCACUGGUGGAUUCAUCGCUGCAGACCCCUGUAGGCCUGGCUUUGGACUGGCUCCAACACAACCUGUACUGGACCGACUCUGGAGACAAAUCCAUCUCCGUGGCCUCGGUGGACGGCACUAAGAGACGUGUAUUAAUCAACACAGACCUUAGUGAACCGCGGGCAAUUGCUCUGGACCCCCACCACGGCUUCAUGUACUGGUCGGACUGGGGCUCUCGAGCCAAAAUAGAGAAGGCCGGGAUGAAUGGAGUGGACCGACAGGUGCUGGUGUCUGAUAACAUCGAAUGGCCAAAUGGCAUCACUUUAGAUGUAGCCAACAAGCGUCUCUACUGGGUGGAUUCGAAGCUGCAUCUCAUUUCCAGCGUGGAUCUGAACGGAGCCCACCGCAGAACACACUUGUCUUUGGCAGAGAGACUGGGACACCCUUAUGCUUUGGCUGUUUUUGAGGAUCGGAUAUACUGGACUGACAGAGAUAAGGCAGCUGUCUUCAUGGCCAACAGACUGACCGGUCAAGAUAUCCACACGCUAGCGGAAAACCUCAACGACCCCCAUGACAUCGUGGUCUUCCACCAGCUCCGCCAGCCGCAAGGCCCUGACAGUUGUAAUCUGGGCAACGUGGCCAAUGGAGGAUGUGAGUACUUAUGUCUUAAGGCUCCGCAGAUCACCGAACACUCUCCCAAAUACACCUGCGCUUGCCCUGACGGACAGGACCUGGGGCCUGAUAUGAGGGGCUGCGUGCCAGGAGCACCACGGAAUGACUUGCGGCCAACAUCGUUACCUCCCGCUGGAUUAACACCUGGGACUGGCGCAACCCUCGGUGAAAGCUUCCCUCCACCUUCACGGGGGGUGUCACAGGCAGACACCACCCCCUACGUAACCAUAGCUCCUUCUGGUGCCCUCGAGCCCCUCACACCCCUCCCCACGCUAAAGCCGGUGUCGUCAGAGGAGUCAAAGGCGCUUGGUUCCCACUCCACAGCCACCGCCAUGGUGAUGUCCACCACACCUGCAGGGGACAGCAGCGUGUCACAACACUCUGGAAGCGAACAUUUUCUCCUGGGUGAGAACCUGACAGUGGCUGUGCUGGGAGUGGUCAUCCCCAUCGUUCCUAUCGUUGCCACAGUGGUGUUCGGCCUGGUCUGCGCUGGAGUCUACCUGGUGUGGCGAAACUAUCGACGCAACUCCACCAAGAGCAUGAACUUUGACAACCCCGUCUACCGCAAGACCACCGGAGAGGGGGAAGAGGACGAGAUCCACAUCGGGCGAACUGACGCCAUGGGACAUCACGCGCACCAUCAUCCGUACCCCCAGGGCGUUGGCAUGGGGGUCGUCGGAGCAGGAGGUGGCACGUGCCCGCAGUUCAUCGCCCUGCCACUCGGGGGGAGCAUGCCCGAUCCGGGGACUCACUGGUACACGGAGCAGCCUAUGCUUUCCACUGCAAAGUGACCGUAAAAAGGGGUGGCUUCCUUGAAAGAUGGCCGCUCAGGCACACGCACACACAGUGAGGUCAGCAGUGACUUGAACUGAGUUUGGUGGCAGGACGAACAACAUAUCAUCAACCGAUACAUGCGUCCAUUUACAGCCAUUUCCUACGCCAAUUUCCA